AUGGAGAAUCUCUUGCUCAGAAAGGCAGCAAUCAAUCACUGUCUUGGUUGCCGACCUGUCAUUUGUGCCACAAAUGACAAAAGGACCAGCAACUUCGAGGUUGCAAGUAACGAUGUUGCUGGUCCUCAACUUUGGUCCAGGCCAACUCGAAGCUCUCUGGUUGAGUUGGCUGCCGCCAUUGGCAUAGAGUGCCAGGACUUGGUCCGCAGUUUGGUGCCUUUCUGGGCAAGAGAAGGCAUUGUUUCCUUUGAGGAAAACGAUGAAGUGGUUUGCGCCAACAAGAUAGUCCGGUCCUCUGUUGACAGCAGGCAUGGUCGAGCAAGCAAUCUUGCUGUGCUCGACGACGCCAGGGAGUAUGGAUUUAUUCUUAAAUUCUUCUCCCAAACUGUCAACAGAGUGACCAGACUCUUUGCGGCCAUCGACUGUCUUUCCGAUGUUCAACGCGUGAACCAGGAUCUUUUCCCUGUGUGGGAUAGCCUGGCACCUGGUGUGGUGAAGGUGGUGGACGUGAAGUCUAUCAAGGGGAUCGCUGGCCUCGUCCACGACCCGAACGACGAGGCCAUUCGGCACAUUAUCUGGCCUUCGCCAAAAUACAACCAAUAG